GAGCUCCGCGGGCCCGUGGGCGGAAGCGGCGUUACGGCGGCCGCGGAGGGUCCCCGCGCGCGCGCCCCCGGCCGUGUCGAACGCGGCCGCCCCGCGCUGCCCGCCCGGCUCCGCCCGCCCGCCCGGGAUGCGGCCCCGGCGCCCGGGCCGGGCAUGAGGGACGGCGGGGGGGCCGCGCCCAGCACCGGCACCCGACGGCACCCGGGCACCGGCGGGGCUCCUCCUCGCUCUCUGCUAUGGACAGUGCCAUCACCCUGUGGCAGUUCCUCCUCCAGCUGCUCCAAGAGCCCCAGAACAAGAAUAUCAUCUGCUGGACCUCCAACGACGGGGAAUUCAAGCUGCUGCAGGCAGAGGAGGUGGCCAGGCUCUGGGGGAUCCGCAAGAACAAGCCCAGCAUGAACUAUGAUAAACUCAGCCGGGCGCUGCGCUACUACUACGUGAAGAACAUCAUCAAGAAGGUGAACGGGAAGAAGUUUGUGUACAAAUUCGUGUCGUACCCCGAGAUCCUCAACAUGGACCCGCUGGUGGUGGGACGCCUGGAGGGGGACCCCGAAAUGCCCGGCUUUGGGGAGACCCCUGCUGCCCCCAAGGACGUGGAGAGCUGUGGGAAGGAGAAAUCCCAGUCCUGUGCUAAAUCCUCCAGCCGCAACGACUACAUCCACUCAGGCCUGUACUCCUCCUUCACCCUCAACUCCCUCAACUCCUCCAGCGUGAAGCUCUUCAGGUCCAUCAAGAUCGAGAACCCGGCCGAGAAGCUGACAGAGAAGAAACCUCAGGAGCCCACCCCUUCCGUCAUCAAAUUUGUCACCAUGCCCUCCAAAAAGCCCCCCUCUGCCCCCCUGGUCUCCACCACUUCGGCCGUGGCUGUCACCUCCACGGCGUCUGCCACCCCCGCCGUGUCCUCGUCGCUGCCGCUGGGCUCCGAGGAGACCCUGCAGACCCUGGAGACGCUGGUGCUGCCCAAGCUGGCGGUGCCUGAAGCUCCUCCAGCCCCUCUGCCCAGCCUGAGCAGCUUCACCCCAACCCCUCCCAUGUCCUCGGUGUCCCCCACCCUCCAGGUGCCCUCCACGCCGCCCUCGCCGCCCCUCAGCUCCAACCCCGACCUGGACAUUGACACAGACAUCGAAUCCGUGGCUUCCCAGCAGCUGGAGCAGGCCCAGAGCCUCCAGCACCAAUCCCCAGAGCCCAAAGAGCAGCAGAAUUCGGCUGUGCUGGAGAAGGAGUUUGCCAAUCACCUCUCCAGAUCCAAAAAACCCAAAGGGUUGGAGUUGGCUCCCACCUUGGUCAUCACAGGCAGCGAUCCCAGUCCUCUGGGCAUCCUGAGUCCUUCUCUCCCAACUGCUUCUCUUACUCCAGCACUUUUCUCUCAGACUCCCAUCCUGCUGACUCCCAGCCCUCUGCUCUCCAGCAUCCACUUCUGGAGCACCCUGAGCCCCGUGGCUCCUCUCAGCCCUGCCAGGCUGCAAGGUGCUAACACCCUCUUCCAGUUUCCAUCAGUGCUGAACAGUCACGGCCCAUUUACGCUGUCGGGACUGGAUGGACCCUCCACCCCCGGCCCCUUUUCCCCGGAUCUCCAGAAGACAUAGCACAUGGAAUUCCUGGAAAAGGACACAGUGGCAAGCAGGGCACACACAGGACACUUCUCUUGAACCACCUUUUAUUUUUAAAACAAGCAGUUUGUAAUUCCACAGAGAUUCUCAACAGUCGCAGUUGUCGCCAUUCCCGAAUCCGAAACAAAAAUGCCUUUUUCUUGCAAAAAUUCCCCUUUUUUUUUUGGAAGAACCCAGGUUGGGAAUGUAUAUGCAAACGCCUUAAUAGGAGCUGCAGCUCCAGUCUCUUCUCCUCAUUUGGGAAGAUUUUUCCCCGUGUCCAAAAGGAAUUUUGGGUGGUGUUGCAGUGACUGCAGCGAGCAGCACCGGAGGAGAUUUUUCUCUGUGACUCUUGGAAAAAAAACGAAAAAAAACCCAACAAAACCCUCUGUUCUUCUGCUUUCUGUGCUCAGCAAGGAGAAACCUGAAUCCUGAUGGAAGCUGGCAUUCCAGGGAAUGCUUGGGAAUGGGCUGUGUGCUCUCAGCUCUGCCUGGGGAGCACCAGAACUUGUGCAGCAACAAAAGCAGCCAAGGCUUUUCUGCCGGCGUUGUCUUUUUCUUUUCUUGCAGGGAGGAAUUUUCUCAAGGAUUUAUUUUGUGUCCAGGACAAUUCUGUGGAAUUGGGUGGCUCAAAAGCCCCUGGGAGAAGAGGUGGGGCUGGAUUUUGGAUGCUUCCCUGCCCUCCUUCCCUUUCCACAAAGGGUGGGAUGAGCUCCUUUCGCUUCUCACGGAGUUUCAGUGCUGGAGUCCAAACAUUUCUUGUGCCAGAGACCUGUUCAGAGCCUGGGACCUCCCUGCUGGAUGAGCAGGAUGGGGGAAUUUUCCCUGAGGUUUUGAGGGAAUUUUCCCUGUGGUUUUGGGGGGAUUUUCCCUGGGUGUUGAGGGGAUUUUCCCUGGGUUUUGAGGGGAUUUUCCCUGGGUUUUGAGGGGAUUUUCCCUGGGUGUUGGAGGAAUUUUCCCUGGGUUUUGAGGGGAUUUUCCCUGGGUUUUGAGGGAAUUUUCCCUUUGGUUUUGGGGGGAUUUUCCCUGUGGUUUUGAGGGAAUUUUCCCUGGGUUUUGAGGGAGUUUUCCCUGGGUUUUGAGGGAAUUUUCCCUGGGUUUUGGGGAGAGGUUGCUGCCUGACCUGGAAUCCCAGACCCCAGCAGGGUGAGAACAGCAGCAUCCCAGCUUAAUUAAUGCUGCUCCUCUUUCCCCACAGCUCUGGAAGAGCUUCCUGCUUUUCCCCACAUGGAAAAGCUCCUUUUUUGCCAGCUCUUAUCCCAAAUUUUGCACUGGAGCUGUUGCUUUUUUGGUUCUUUUGGAGGGAGCACAAACCAGUCUGAGGGGUUCCACGGGGUUCAGCCUCGUGGUAAAUCUGCUUUCACCUCGUUGGGGUCCUGGAUUAAUAAUGCAGAAUUGUUUUCCAGAGCCAUUGGAGAUGAGAUGGGAUUUGCAGGUGGAUUUUUACACCUCAGGAGGCCUUUUAAGAAAACUGAGGGGUGGAAAAAUGAGAAAUUCUCCUCUCUCAGCCCCUCUGGGUGUGUUAGGCUGUGGCUCUGUGUCAGGCAGCAACUUCUGGGGAUUUUCUCCUUAAAAUAUUCCCAGAAAACAGGUGGAGACAACUCUUUCCUUCAGCAUCCUCAGAGCAGAGGAAGAUUUUUCCCUCUCCAGCACGAGGAGCUGACAGUGUUUGCUGUAAAUACUGCACCUAUUCCACGGAUAAGUGGUGAACUCGAGCUUUUCCAGAAUUUUUUUUUUUAUCUUCUGCCACUUUUGCAGGCUUGGAAUUCCCUUUCAAAGCCACAACACCCAAGACUUUUCUUUUCCUGCAGUGGUGUUCCCUUUCUGUGAUACAGAAAAACCACUUUUGUGUGUUCCUGACGUGAUGGGUGGGACAGAGUCGCUUUUUUUUGGGGCAUUUUUCGCCUGCCCAGGAGAAAAGUGGGAGAAAAAAAUAUUCUUUUUUCAGGUGGAGAAGCAGGGAGUGAGCUCAUGGAGUGACCUGUCUUCCUGUUGGCUCCUGUCAGAGGCAAAAAAUGCUUCACAUUUAGACAUCAGCAGAUGCAGGAGGAAAUUCCUGCGCCAGCAGCUCUUAAAAUGUGCAAUAUUGACCUUUGGUUUUAUUUUUAUUUUUUUGUUUUUGGAACUGCAGAAGCGAAGCUGCAGGUGAUCAUGAAGAGCAGGCAUCUGGAAUUAUUAUUUUUGUUUAUUUGGUCUGCAUGUUUGGAGCCUGCUCUGGGUAAUUUCUAUAGCUAUGUAUAAAUAGCAGCACUUUGGUUGGUUCAGGUUGGCCAAUUUUACGCCUACCAAAUACUUGGACUUUGCAGAGAGCGACAUUUGCAGGCUGGGAUUCGAAUUGAAAAUUCACAAAUGAGCACUAAAAACUCGCAAUUUAAUUGCUUCCCUUCCCCCUUGUUCCCCUGUGGAGAAAAAGCCAAGUUUAGCUGUUAAAAAUUUGUGCACUUAUUUCUUUGUGAGCUUUUAUCGCUUUGGGCAGAGGGUCCGGCCCAAAAAAAAAAAAAAUGCAAUUUCUGGCCUCCUGCUCCUCUCCAAGAAGCUUCCCAAGAUUGCUGUGCCACAGAAAUUCAGAUUUUCUUUGGGAAUUCCUGUGGGAAUGAUGGAUCCCACCAGGUAAAGCCCAGCAGGCAGAGUGGGAUCACUUUGGCUUCUUGAGGACAAAAAUCCACACAGGAUGAGCUCAGGAUGAAAGGAAAAAGGGAGAGGAGGUGGGAGAGGAGCAGCUUUUGCUGCCUUUUCUCCACUGCAAUUUUCAGGUCAUUUAAGGGAAUAUUUCCUUGUACUUGUGCUGCCUCAUCAGCCACAUUCACUGACAGGGAACUCCGGCUUUUCCUGGGAUCACAUUCCUGCCACAGCCUCCCUGCUCAGCUCUGGGAGCUGCUGCUUCUUUAGGUCACUCACAAUUCAUUUGUAAUUUAACUUAGGGCAGGUGGGGUUAGAGUAGAUUCUGUUUUAGUUCUGUACCGUGGUGAUUUAAAAAAAAAACAAAAAAAAAAUAAAAAUAACGCAGCAUCACAGAAACUUUUUUCCGUAGGUUCCUGUUGCUGGAGUAGCCUUGGUUUUGUGGAAUGCUUUGUAAUUUUUGCAUCGGUUCUUUCUUGGGUUCUGUGGAAGGUCAGAGCAUUUAGAACAAAAGAUUUUGGUGGACAAUGAGAAUCCUGGAGAUGGGAAUAAAUCCCAAUACACCUCCCAGGGAACACGAGGCACUGGGUGCAGGGAGCACGGAAAGCUGAGCUCGUGUUUUCUUCUGGGAAUCUCAUUUUAUUCUCCACGGGGAGCUGCUGCUGCCUGGCUGUGUUUGGGAUCAUCCUGGAUUUUCAGGGUUCCUGGUUAUGGAACCCUCGGUGUCCUGUCUUUCCUGGGAAGGUGAUCCUGAUCAAAAGAAGGUGAUGGAGCAAUUUUGGGUUUUUAGAGCAGCAAAUUUAGGUUUAGAGCUUUGUUUCAGACCUGGCCUCAGCAGGGGAUGCAAUUCCUGUGCUCUGAUUUUGGCACAUUCAGGUUCUGGUUUGUGAUGGGUCAGGAAGGGCUGAAAUUCCUGGAGCUGGACAAUUCCCUGUGGUCACCUGGAGCAUCCCAAGGCUUUGGAAUCUGUGCAAUCUUUGGGAUAAUGGAGCAGUGUGCGAGAACAGAAAGGCUUUGGUUGGGAUGAUUUCUCCCUCUGGUGCAUUUUCAAACCUCAGCUGUCUCACAAAUCGAUUAUUUUGGGUUUCUGAUGUGCAGAUUUCCCUUUUCCAGCUUCCCCCAGCCCAGGGAGCUGCAUCCCUGUGGAAUUCCCUGGGAAUUCCAGCUGGGGUGGGAGUGAAGAGCCCUGAUCCCCUCCUGGAGCUUUUCCUGGAGCUGAGAUCAGAACCUGCAGCUCUGCCCCUCUCUUUUCUCCCAUGGUUUAUUCAUUUAUUUUGUAGUUACCUUUUUCUGCUCCUGUUUUAUGGCAGUUUUUGAUGUGCUCUGCAGUUUAACCUCUCCCAUUUUAGGGCAGAUUUGUUUCCAGUCCAUCUCAGUGUUGUAUCAAGAGAUUUCUCUCGAUAUUCUCAGCUCUGGAAAUCAACCUCAGCAGUGGGUCAGGGAAUGUUGUUAAAAUCCACAGGUAUUUAAAAACUUUUGAGUUUUGGGUGACUAUUUUGGUGUGCUCCCUUCCUCAGCUCUGUGUGAGGAAUAAAAUCUAGAUCUGAAAGAGCAGAAAUGGGGAAAAAAAGAGACUUUUUGGCCUCUGGUGGGGUGGGGUUAUUUUGUUUUAAAAAUCACAGAGUGAGGUGUUCCAAGCAGCCCCUGAGGGUCUCCCAUGUGCCAAAAAUCCGUGAGGAUUCACCCAGGAGCUCUCCAGGAUGUUUGAUGAUGCUUGUCCUGCCUAAACAGAGGCGUUUAUGGUUUGAUUUGGAGUUAAUUAAGCAGCAAUUAGCAGUGGCCUGCUUUGAGUGGAGUGUGAGCAGAUCCAGGGGAGUGGGACAGGCUGGAGCUGCUGGAGUCAGAGCUGGGGAAGGUUUUGGGAUAAAAUGCAGGGAGAGUUUUGUGCAGCCUUGGGCAGUGCUCAUUCCCCUCUGGCUUUAGAGCUGAGAAGUUGAUUUGGAGUAAUAAAGCUGAGAAAAAAAAUAAAAAAAGGGAAAAAUUCUAGGGAAACACAGAGGUUUUGGAGGAGAUCUGGAAUUAAUCUGGGGGUGAAUCCUUCACCAGCAGGAAUUUGGGGAGGCCACAAUCCUGGGAAUCAGCAGCAGCCGUUCCAAAUUCCCUGGGCUGGGCAGAUUUCUGUGUCUUGGAGGGAUUUAAAUCAAUUUAAAUCAAUUUAAAUCAAUUUUUAGCCACUCCAGCUCCCCCAUCCAGCCGUGGUUCCGUGUGCCAGCGUUGUCUUGUUCAUUCCUGAGGCAUUUUUGGGAAUUCCACUGGGAGCAAGAGGUGCUGGCUGAGGAGGGGAGAGGUGGCUCUGGACAGAGAGAAAUCCUUGGAAAUGAAACCAAGGUGGCUCUGGACAGAGAGAAAUCCUUCAAAAUGAACCCAAAUCUUCCUCCAGAGCCUGAUUUUAAUCAGGAGGGCAAAACAGAGGAGCCACGAGGGCAGUGCUGCCCAUUCCUGUCAGGAUUCCCUGACGGACUCAGAUCCUUCUCCAGCAGAAAAAUGAAAUUCUGGAUUUGGUAUCUUCAAAUCCCAAACUGAGGGAUUUCAUUCCUGCCUUUAUGCCAGGAACAAGCAGGAAUCAGCAGAGUGUGUUCCCUUCAGGCUGUUUUUCUGUCUGACCACAGGUGGGCAGGGCCCUGUUUCUCCCUGGAUAUUCCAAUAUUUCCCAGUUGGAACAGUGAAAUUUCUGCUUCCUAUAAAUCAUUUUGGAACAAAACCACCCUAAAACUGGCGAGAGCUGAGUUUUGUUUCCCCCUCCCAAGGAAAGCAGCAGAUUUUGCUUGUGGAGCUCUUCCAGGCCCUGAUGAGAAGCACACUCAGAGCUGAGAAUUUGUAUUUUAUUUUAGAUUUCUCCGUGCUCUGCCUGCAGCACACGUGGGUCAUGCCUGGCAGGAGGUGUUCCCAAAAAUCCAAAUAAAUACCCCCAGCCUCCCUCUGAGCAGAUUCUGCGCUGUGCAGUCUCAUUUUGAAAGGUUUUGCACUCCCUUGGGAGGAUUUUUGGGGGUUUUUUUGGGUUUUUUUAGGACUUUUUCUUCUCUUUUAGCACUCAAAUCCACCCUGCCCCAGCGUGGACUCGUGAGUUGCCAAAGUUUAUUUUUUUUUGACGUUGUUGGAUGCCACAUCUCCCAAAACAGACAAAAAAAAAUGUCUUAAAUGUGUUUUUGAGUAGUUGUGUGUGCACGGAACACAAGUUUGGGUUUGAUUUAGAAGAUUUCUCUGCUGAGGUGGUGCUGCAGGAGGUUUUCAUCUCAAGGCAGGGCUGGAACAGGAGAAUCCCGACCCUUUUGGAAAACAGGGAUCUGAGGAGAGGCUGAUUCCAGAGCUGGUUUUUUUAUUGCUGUACCAAUAACUGGAAGCUGUUGUCGUUUAUUUUGAUUUUUUUCUUGCAUUUUGGGUUAUUUUCUGUGUUUUUUGGCUCGCAGGAGGGCUCUGAGGGUGGCCUGUGCAUGGUUCCUGGAGUGUGCUGUGUGCUGGGCUAGGGGGGUUCAAUAUUUCAAUAUUUCAAUUUUCCAAUCCCUGGCUUUGCUCUCAGCUCCUUGGGAUGAGUUUUGGGAUUGUUUUUAUUUUUUUAUUUUCCUUUUUCCCUAGCAUGUCCUAACCCCUCCAAGCUUUGAAACUGCUUCCUAGAAUUGUGUUGACUUUUUGUUUUCUUCUUCUUUUUCUUCUUGUUCUGCUGUUGUUCAGUUGCACAGAGUUUUUUCUAUAUAAAAUAUACUUUUGAAACGUUUCAUUCUCUGUGAACAGGGUUGAGAUUUAUUCUUUGUAGCUUUGAAAAAGAGCCUAAAAAUUCCCUUUUCCCACUUGUUUUGUAGCCUGUUGCAGUGUUACCAGAUGGCCUUAUGUACGUCACAGUGCUUUGUGAUGGGUACAGUAGCACAUUUAAUGCUUAUUCCCCUCUGUUUUUAGAGCUGAGGAGUUGAUUUGGAAUAAUAAAGCUGAGAAAAUUUUUUAAAAAAAGGGAAAAAUUCUAGGGAAACACAGAGGUUUUGGAGGAGAUCUGGAAUUAAUCUGGGGGUGAAUCCUUCACCAGCAGGAAUUUGGGGAGGCCACAAUCCUGGGAAUCAGCAGCAGCCGUUCCAAAUUCCCUGGGCUGGGCAGAUUUCUGUGUCUUGGAGGGAUUUAAAUCAAUUUAAAUCAUUUAAAAUCAAUUUUUAGCCACUCCAGCUCCCCCAUCCAGCCGUGGUUCCGUGUGCCAGCGUUGUCCUGUUCAUUCCUGGAGUUCACAUCUGUUUGGGGAAUUUCCCUGCUGGAAUUUUCAGGCUGAGCUGGGUUCUUGGCAGAUUUUUGGGAGCAGAUCCCUCCCUCUGGAACUCCAGGCUGGAGUUUGACCUUCCCAGAUUUCCCUCGCUGGGAUUUUCAGAACAAUCAGUGCUGAAAACAGCACAGGGGGAACAUUUCCAGCAGCUCCUUCCAGAACAGAGUUGCAUUUUUCUUUUCUCUAUAAAUAUAUAUAUAUAUAGUACAAAUUGAAGAGGCAAGGUGAUGUUGUAGUGAGUGUCUGAAAUUUCCUACACUGGAGACUUUUCUGGACAAAACAACUGUAAAAGUCACCCCCUGUUCCAGCUGGGACAGAAUUGCUUCUCAGUCUAACUUUUUUCUUUUUAAAUACCUUAUUAGAGUAUCUUAAUGCCAUUGUGUUAAAAAAAAUAAAAAAUUAAAAAUGCUGGUAUGUAAUGCAAGUACAUAAAUAGCCAAAGUUUUCAGUAACUGUUCAGUGUUACUAAAUUUUGCUUUUAUUUAACCUUCCGAGAUAACAUUUUAGGAAGACCUUCAGCGUGUAAAAAUCAUCCUGAAAAUUCAAAGUUUAGGAUUAGGGCAGGGAUGGAGGUGUUUGAGCACAUUUCAGGUUUGAAUACAAUUGAGAGGCAAAGUUUUUUUUAAGAUGCAAAACUUCCUUUGCACUGUCCUGACACUUCAAAGUGACAAAUGCUGCGUUGGCAGUGGCUCUUUGGGAAUUGUUAUUCAAACAUCACGAAGGUCUUUCCUGAGAAAUCAGGUGACUUUUUUCUAUUGCUUCGAUUUUUUGUGCAAAAAAAAAAAGAAAAAAAAAAAAACCACAAAGAAAAAUAAAAAUCAAUGUAUUGCAAUCUUUUUCUAAAAAAUAAAAAUAAUGGGGUGGGAAUAGUUAAAGAAAACUAUUUUAUGUAAGAACUGACAGAGGGAUUUUGCUUUGUAUAAUGCAAGCUGGCUUUAAAAAAAAAGCAUUGUAGCAAAUUAUUCAAGUCAAUCAUAUGUUAAUAGUUAUGUGCAACCAGACAUGCAAAACAAUUGUAUUUUUUUAAAUAAAUAUUUUUAACAAAG